AUGACUUCAGUAAAUACCAAUAAAAACACCAAAAAAUGGAUGGAAUUUGAAGAGCCACACACUGGAUUGGUUAAAAAUGACUUUUUCGGUUAUUGGUAUCUUCAAUAUUGUUUAAUCACAGGACUUUACAUGUUGGAACCUUGGGAACGCAAAUUAUUCAAUUCUUUUGUUGUCUGCUUAGGAGGAGCAAUUAUUUCAGUUUGUUAUUUUAUUUUUAGAACUUUUUAA